AUGGAUGACAAGAAUAUGAAACAAGAAGUGGAAAGUUGUGAUUCGUCUGUUUUCAAUGAAGAAGAAAAUUCAGUUGUUGGAUGUAGCAAACAUACACAAAAAGACGAUGAAGAAUCUUCACAAGCUGCUUCUUUAGAAUGCGAAAAAAAAUUGAAUGAAGCCGUUGUUAUCAAAGCUCGUCAGCGAUGGAAGUUACUUUCUUCACAUUUACGGUGCUCUCAUAAUCAAAAAGACACUGCUUCAAAUGAUGUCGAAGCUAUGUUUGUUAUUUUUGAUGCAUUCCUCAUCUCGAAAUCUUCCACUUUAGGUCAUUGGUAUCACUUAAAAUCGCCUGUUGGUAGUGUUGAGCUUAUUGUUCAUAUUUAUUCAGUGAAUAACAUAACAUCCGACAUCUUAGUUGGUUUCAAUAACACAGGUAAUAUUAGGAUAUGGCCAUCAGAGGAAUAUUUAGCCUAUUAUUUGCUUAAAAAUAUGCAUAUAGUUCGAAAAAAAAGUAUCUUAGAACUUGGAUCAGGUAUGGUUGGUUUAAGUGGUCUCAUAUCGGCUUUGCUUGGUGCUAUAGAAGUGACUUUAACUGAUGGAAACGAAAAAUGUGUUGCAAACAUGCAGAAAAUUAUUGAAGCGAACAAGUUGAAUGAUCGUAUAGCUUGUUUGAUAUUAACUUGGGAAUGCCAUGUUCCAAACAAGCAGUUUGACAUUGUGUUAUGUGCUGAUUGUUUGUUUUUUACGGAACAACAUCAAGUGUUAUUGAAUAGUAUAUAUGGACAUCUCAAACCUGGCGGUACUGCUUAUAUAAUGGCACCAGAUCGUGAUGGUACAUUCCAAAUAUUUUUAAAUCGUAUUUAUCAAGAACGAUAUCGGUGGCGUAAUAUUACCAUUCAUCUGUGUAUUGAUACUGGAAAUGAAAUUUGUUUAAGAUUUCGAAUGCUAAAUAAUAAGCACUUUUUUCAGUAUCAAAAACUCGUUGAUUCAAUGCACUAUUCCUGUUUGCGACUACAGGAAGAAGUAGUGGAAGAAUUAUUCAGAAGAGGUCAGAAGUCAGAAUUUGCAGAGGAAGUCGUUGCGCAAGUUGCUUAUACUAUGGUCGACACUCUUAGUAGGACAUGGCCUAGUGAUCUGUUGCAGUAUGCCAAGCAUGCAAAACGUUCCGUCGUUAAUGUUUCAGAUUUGAAACUUCAUUUCCGGCGAAAUGAAUGCGUAGUAAGUUUUCUUUCUUAACCUUCUGCUAAUCAGAGAGGGUCGUCAUCAUCUGCGACAUCCUUCAAGUGCGCUUCAGAGCUUUUGGUCAAAGAAUCGACUAAUAACUUAACGUGGGAUGAAAAGAAGAUUACUAGUGACAAAGAUGAAACUAUAUUUUGUGAAACAACUGGAGUUGGAAAAUCGGUACGGAAAAGGAAAGCUGAAUGUAAGAUAAAACAAAAGAAGAUAAGCCAGGAAAAGGAACUGGAAGUUAGAAGUCUUUCUAAAUCGGUAGAAAAGGAAGAUCUAAAAGUCACUGAUGUUGAUGGUUUUAGGUCAUCAUAUUUGUUGGCACAAGGAUGUAGAAAAAGAUAUUUGAUUAAUACUAAUAGUUCCUUGAUUGAAUCUAAUCGGGAUAUAAGUGAUACUGGUCCAUUAAAUCCAUUAAAUACGGAAAUAAAGGAUAUGUCACGAAAGGAGUCAAGCAAUAUUAUAUCUCUGGGCUCAUCCACAUUAUUUGAUAUUUCUAAUUAUAGACGAAAAAAUAAUAGAAGUAGUGUGAAGGAAUUUGAUCAGAGGGAAGGAAUAAGUGAUUCAUUAAAGCACACAUUAGGAACGGAACCGGUGGAUAUACCAGUAAUGGGAAGAGAACCAUCAUUUAUGUCAUCGGGAAAUGAAUUCUGCGUUGCAGACGAA